AACGUUUAAAUUUGUUUAUCUUUAAUUUGGUUAGGUUCAUCAUACAUGGCUGGGAAACGCAAAAAGAAAGGGGGAAUUGAACCCGUAAAGAAGGAUGUCACCCCCGAGCUGAACGAUAAUGCGGUUGCUUGGAGAAAUUUCUUCAAUGCGAACUACAAAGCCCUUCGAGCAGCUGAGAAGGGAUUAACUGAGAAAGAGGCUACCGACAAAUUGAAAGUGCAAUAUAAAGGUUUCACCGACGAGGAGAAGUCUGAGUGGAGAAGCUAUGACCCUAACCCUACUCCCGCUAAGAAGGCAGUGCAAACAAGGGGGAGGAAACCAAAGGCAGAUGAUGCCAAGGGGAAGAAAGUGGAGGUGGAUGAGGAAGAGGUUGCUCCUGAAAGUGAAGAAGCAUCUGUGUACGGUCGAUGCUCCUUCAACUGUUUAAUCAGGAUUUGCAAGAACCUGAACCUGGAGCAGAAAGAUGUGAUCCAAAAUGCUGGAUUUGGAUCAUUCAUCAGAGAGGAUGCACCAUACAUUACCACCCGACUAGUGAGUUGGUUAAUCAAACAUGUUAACCCAACCACUAGCAUACUGGAUUUAUAUGGGAGGAAAAUUCACUUAUCUGCCGCGAUGUUCGGAGAUGUUAUGGGGGUGGACGACGGAGGGGGUCCUGUAGUCACCGAGGGUGAUAGUGACACUCGAUAUCUGGAGGAGAUAUUGAACGUUGUCGAGUACACCGUGUCGUUGACAGGGUUGGAGAAAUCUUUGUUGGAGUGCGUUGAGGCAGACAGCCUAUUUCUGAUUAAAUUUUCUUUGGUGGUCAUAGGGACAGUCCUUGCGCCAAAAACGGGCUGCGAUAUCACUUCGGGGUACUUGCACUCCCUUAGGGUUACCAGGGACAUUCACCACAAGAACUGGGCAACUGUCGGGUUCAGGUAUCUGAUGAACUCAAUUUUCAGAUUCCGAAAUAAGGCCACGAAGAAUGUGUCUGGCUGCACCUUAUUCCUCCAGUUGGUGUACUUGACUCACGUGGAGUGGAACUUUGGAUAUGUCGACCGAACAGUGCUCCCCGUUGAUUUUUGGGGUAGUAAACAAUGUAAGUCCGCUUACAAAUUUGUGAAAGACAAUGGGGGUCCCAACAGCGACAAGGUACAUCGAAAUUUGAUAACGCUCACUUCAAAUCCCGUAAUACUGCCCAACUACUACUCCGACUCGGAAGGAAGAAAGAGCAGUGACCACUUUGUCAGCUCUAUCAACGAGUUGAAGGAGUACUUCUCCAAUGAGUUAAAGUCUCAGUUGAGAUCAUUUUCUUUGAAAUUUAUGGACAAAGGAGAAGGUGUAGGUGGUAUUGACCGAGAGUUGGAGGAGGAUGCUGCUGCGGAAAUGAGGAAGAAGGCGGAGUGCAGCCAGGCCGUGGAGGAGUCCCCAUUGAAGUCCCAUGUCCGUUCGAAGACUAAUGUUGUUGGUCUAUCCGAGGAAAAUGUGGUGGAAUCUGUAAGUACGCCUUCACUAUCUGCUACAAAAUCUGUUGAAGAUGAAGGUGCUGCACAUAAGACCUUCGACGAUGAGGACUUUGAUAUAGUCAAAGUGGCAUCUUUCUGGAAUAAAGGCAAAGCCCUCGUCAAAUCAAAGAAGACACGGUCGGAGAAUUUGCCUUUAAUUGAGGAUGACUUCAACGAUAAGGCCUACGAGCAAUUUAUUGAGUCGGGCAGAACUAUCAUUGACUGUUUUUCUAUACUAAUGAACAAGUACGAACGUGAUAGUCGAUUACCUGACCAACCUCGUGUUUGGUACAUGCCUACUCGCAUCUCGCAAAAAACUCUCAGUUCGUUUAAUGUGAAGAGGAUUGCGAAAGACCGGGAGUGGUCAAAACUGUUUUACGAAGACAACUUCCAAAAAUGCGUCAAGAUGUUUGUGCCGGUGUUGACUCUAGAAGAUGCACCACAUUGGUUUGGUGUCGAAGUUAAUAUGAAGUCCAAGGUUGUCUCAUUUCUGUACUCCCUACACACCGCAAUGCAUGAGAAGUAUCGUGUGGACGCUACGAAAGAAAUGGUAAACUUGCAAAGUUUCAUUGUUUGA